AUGGGUUCUCCGAAAGUCCAUCUCCCUCAAGCCCUCACGCAGGAUCAUGUGCGAGCCCUUCUCGAGAUUUUGUCGUCGCCUACACCACAAAGUAUUCGCCAGCUCAAAGUCACAGCCGAGUUCCAUAUCAUCUUUGUGAUCACUUAUGCCACAGCGGAUCUUGAGUUUUGGUCACGCAUCAAGGAUGUCCAAAUACCGGCUGUCAACGUCACUGACUUGAUCUUACGCGUGUCUGGUAAUCAUAUUUCAAAGAUCAAGACCGAGAACGAGGCCGCGGUCUUAUCAUGGAUUGACAAGAGCACAAACAUACCGGUUCCUCGAGUUGUUGCUUAUGACUCUUCUGUUGAGAACGUACUCCACCAUGAGUAUAUCUUGAUGACCCGGGACCCAGGAGAGAGCCUAGCAGAUGUGUAUAGUUCCUUCGACUCCACGCAGAUGGACAUCAUCCUCGAUCAAUUGAUAGACAUCAACGUCGAGUUGCAUGAGCAUAGAUGGUCUCAUAUCGGUGGUCUGUCCUUCGAUGAUAACGACAACAUCAUUCCUGGUCCGGUACUCGAGGAGACAUUCUGGUUCGAGCCAGACAUUCUUGCUUUGUGGCCAGCUGGUGAAACUUUCAACUCUCUUAACAUCUCUGGUGCUUUCGCUUCGUACACCGAGUAUAUAUAUGCGCACUUGUUGAAGUACAAACAUGCCAUCGAGGUACAUCCGUCCCUGGAAUUCAUGCAGGACAUUCUGCCUCACCUCGAUUGCUUCCUGGCCAUCAUAACUUCUGAGCCAAUGCGAUCUAACCUCGACAAUGUUUCUCUGCGUCUUGCACAUAAAGACUUACAUUUUGCAAAUAUCCUUGUCGAUCCCACUACUGCACGUAUAACCUCAAUCAUAGACUGGGAGUUUGCAGGCGUAGUCCCUUUCACCCGCUGGAAUCCCAGUCGAGCAUUUCUGUGGAAUGCUCAAGAGAACGAUACUUCUAUAGUUGAGAAGACAAGCUUGAUGGAGAGAUAUGAAAAGAAAGCCAGAGACAGGGGACUUGGGUAUCUGAUCGAUGAUGCAAAGUUCACGUCAAAGGAACAGGAGGAAAUGCAGACUGUUGCGAAUUUCAUGAGAGCGAUCGUGGAGGUAUGUCCGAGGGGUCAGGCGCAGGGGAGUGUGAUGGGUUGGAAAGAGACUGCGGUAAAAGCUAUGGCAGAACUUGGAGCAUAG